GUAUCAAUCUCAGCAACUUCCUGGUUUUCCUCAUUACAAGUAAGAGACUCACUUGGUAAGCAUGAUUGCCUUCCAACUUGCUGCUUGUACUCUCUUGCUGACUGGUAUUAUACUUCAGACCUCAGCCCUAGAUACCUACAUUGCUGCUGUCUAUGAGCAUGCUGUUAUACUCCCAGGAGCUACGCCAGCACUUGUCUCUCGAGAAGAUGCCUUGAAGCUAAUGAACAAAAAUCUAGAUAUCUUAGAAGGAGCCAUCAAAACAGCUGCUGAGCAGGGAGCUCACAUCAUUGUGACACCUGAAGAUGGAAUCUUUGGCUGGGUCUUCACAAGAGAUUCAAUUUAUCCUUAUCUUGAGGAUAUACCAGAUCCUCAAGUCAACUGGAAUCCAUGCAUUGAGCCUGGAAGGUUUGGCUCAACUCAAGUGCAGGAGAGACUCAGCUGUAUGGCAAGAAACUACUCCAUUUAUGUGGUUGCUAACAUGGGGGACAAGAAAUCGUGUAAUUCCAGUGACCCACAGUGCCCCAGUGAUGGCCGCUAUCAAUACAACACAAAUGUGGUAUAUGAUUCAGAAGGAAAAUUUGUGGCACGUUACCACAAGUACAACCUUUUUGCAUCUGAAGUCUACUAUAACUAUGCCAAGGAUCCACAGUUUGUAAACUUCAACACGCCCUUUGGGAAGUUUGGUGUUUUCACUUGUGCUGACAUGCUAAAUUUUCGUGAACCUGCUGUAUCACUUGUGGAAAAGUACAAGGUGGACACUGUCCUCUUCCCGACUGCUUGGAUGAACACUCUGCCACUUUUGUCUGCUGUUCAAUACUACUCUGCCUGGGCUAUGGGAAUGCGCAUAAACCUCCUGGCAGCUAAUAUUCACAAGCCCAAGUUCGAUAUUACUGGGAGUGGUAUCUUUGCACCUGAUGGUCCCAAAGCAUAUCAUUUCAAUAUGGAAACAAAGAGUGGCAAACUCGUGAUUGCUGAACUUGAUGUCCAUCCGUGCCUUUCCCCCGCAUAUCCUCCUCCUGUUAAUUGGAGUUUAUAUGCUUCAAGCAUCAAGCACUUCACUCCAAAGAGCCAGGUAUUCAAUGCAAGCAUCUAUUUUGAUAAUUUCACUUUCACAGAGCUAUCCCAAGAAGCAGGAAACUAUACCGUGUGCCAUAAUGGCCUUUGCUGCCACUUGAGCUACAAGAUGUCUGAAAAACGACAGGAUGAAAUUUAUGCACUGGGGGCUUUUGAUGGACUUCAUGUGAUUGAAGGAGAAUAUUAUUUGCAGAUAUGUACACUUCUGAAGUGUAAUAGCACAGAUGUAAAAUCAUGUGGGCAACGAGUAGAUGCAGCUCAGACAAGAUUUGACUCGUUUUCUCUCAGUGGCACAUUCAACACUAGUUAUGUUUUCCCAGAAGUCUUGCUCACUGAGACUCAACUGGCUCCAGGAGAAUUUCAGGUACUGACCGAUGGACGUCUCAUUAGUAAAAGAAAACUAUCAAAGCCAGUCUUAUGUGUGGCUCUUUUUGGAAGAUGGUAUCAAAAGGACUCCCCACAUCCUUUGUACAGUUCAACAUGAGAUUUUUUUGUUAUUUUGCUUCUUUUUCAAAUAACCAGAAUUCAUUUAUCCAUUCAAUACAGUUAUGUCUCUUUUCUUGAACUUUUCUUGAAUUUUGGGAUAGGAUGGUGAUUUUUGCAGAGCAAAGGCUAAAUACUAAUUUCAGGGCAAACUUGACUGAUGUUAUCAGGAGCAGUUGUCAGAAUUAAUACAAUGUCUGGUGUUUCUGUGUAAUUGUUAAAGCAUAGAUCAUAACGAAACAUAGGGGAUGUUCAGGAAGGAAAUAUAUUUGCUUUGUAUUUUAUUAAAGAUGUUCCUUUAUAAAUGGAGUUGUUCUAGGCAAAUUCAGUCUUCAUCUUUAGAAUGGAGAAAACUUUGUGAUUAAUGCUAAUCCAAUUUAUUCACUUCAAACAAUCUGUCACCUUAGGGGAAAAUAAUUUUUUUUGAUAAAUUUGAUGUGCAGUAGAACCCCCUUAUCCAAUGAUUUGAUACUCAGAGUUUAACUUACAAUCUCAAAAAAAAUCCACCCUCAGAAGUAUUUGUGGACCUCCUUAGAUCCUCCAGUGCACCUUCCUCCUCCAGUUCACCUUCCUGAUCCUUAGCUGCUCUCUGUCAUGUUUGAGGACCAUGUUUGCUCUCCAGCUAUGUGGAUCUGAGAUUAGGAACUUUAUCCCACACUAAAUUUCCCCCUGUUUUCUGAUUGUGUUUUCACACUGGUGUACAGAGUCCCUUAGAGGUCUUUCCAUGAUGCACAAUCACUUCCAGUGGCUGGGUGUGUAAAUCCAUCUCACUAGUGUGCAAAGACAAAAUUGAGUGUUCCCCUGAUUCCUGAUAGAAGACGGCAUACAGAAAUUAAGGACGUUUUCCCUCAGCUUUCCUCUGCUUGCCCCCCUUCCCCUCUCUCUUCCCCUCCUGCCUAUGGGAUAACAUUUCAGAUGUACACAAAGGGAUUUUUCUAAAUGCUGGGAACUUGUUCCUAAGUUUUGGAAAUAUUCUACUUGUUCUAAAAUCCUAGUAAAUGCUCUUUUUAAAUGAACUCACAUGCUUUUGAUGAAUAAAACAUCUUGAGUGGGUUUUUUUUACUGUUUACUUGACAUCCUUCCUUAAUAAACAUCUUGCUUAACUUCUC